AUGAGAGAAACCAUUGACCCUAGCAUCUAUUUUGACUCCAACUUGCUGUGUGAUAUGUGCAUAAUGAAAAAAUGCACUCUUGUUACUUUAAACCUUGAAAAAAAACUCUGUGAAGAUUGCGCACACAAGUUAAAAGAAGAAACAAUCUCAGCAAGCAUCUUAAAUAAUGUAAAUACCCCAGAGCAAUACCAAAUUUACCAAAUCCAAAAAAAUGCUUAUGAAGUCUUAUCCGACCUCCUAGACAAUAAGCUCUCUCAAUAUAACGUCGCGCUGGAAAUGCUAGAGUCCUUAUAUGAAGAAAAAAUAAAAUGGCGAUGUUGACGGAAAUAAGACUCCGAGGCGGACUCUCUAUGGAGCAGGUAGGAUCCAUCCUGAUGAAGCUGAAAAUAAAGGCCCCCUUAUAGUAGGCCUUCAGGCUUGGGGAUGCCUUGCCGAAGAGAGAAGUUUUUUCUUCCCCAAGGUUUUCCUUCCAGAUGGGCUAGAUAGGUUUUGCCUACCACAUCGUCUUUUCUCAUCGAGACCAUCGGGGCACUCGACGGACGGUAGCUCUGCCCAAGGGAGCUGCUGAUCCAUUGGACAGGUGGCUCAGGCCGGAGAUUCAAAAUGACGUCGGGCAAGGUAUUUUAGCACCAAAAUCUGUUCUGGGGCUGUCCUGGAGCUGAGACGAGGCGUAUGGCUAGUGGGCUGCCACUUAUGAUCGAUUUCUUAUUUAUUUAUACGAAGAAAGAUGCGGUUGGAUAAAUGAAUUGUUUCGUGAAAAUCAAGAACUCCUGAACGCCUAUCUGCUUGAAUUUUCAAGAAUUCGAGAUGAGAUGCUAAAUUCUUUGCAAAAUCAGCUGACUUCUGACAGUAUUGAUCCUUAUUCCCUUGAAAUGGCAGCAUAUACGAAUUAUCAAAAUGUUUUAGGGGCCAGCAUUAUUUCUUCAAUUCAUGAAAAUUUUAAUAAAUUAGUAGGCUAUGUAGCAAACACUAUGAGAUUUGAAUGGAGCAGUCCCUAUGACCUAUUUUCUCCCCAUAAUUCUCCCCAUAAAAUUCAGUUUUUCAGCACUAGAAAUAAAGUGAUAUAUGAUAUAGAUGUUGUAAAUAGAGAAAACACCCAAAAAAUUAUCAUUGAAGAGUGAAAUCCAACAAAAGGAGCAAGCUGAAUCAAGCUGCCUUUAGGUCCAAUUUUCCACUGUGGUGGUAUAGAUAAAGGGAUUUUCAAAGACUCUUUGAGAAAAACAACUUCCUUGCUGUUUUAUUUAGAGCCUUAUAUGAUAUGGGAAGAUCAUGCUGUAAUGCAAAAUUCUAGAUCAAAUCAUGCAAUCGAGAUGUUCAAUGAUAACAUCUAUGCAAUAGGUGGGAAAAUGAAUGAAAGCAGACUCAACAUUAUUGAAAAAUUCAACUUAACUACCCAACAAUUUAGUUAAAUAUGAUGCUUUUGCUUAAGCCUGUCUUCUUAGCCAGGCAACUUCGAGUGCAUAUUUAAUUACAUCUAACAAGGUUUUUCUACGCAAAAAUAAGCAGUAAUGCUAGGCAAUCAAAUUCAGUUUUGUUCAGAGCCUAGCCCUAGUCCGCUUUUAAGGCUGGAUUUUACCUCUUGGGAGGAGGGACAUAAGAAGCUGGAAAAAGGAUCACACAAUAAAUUUUUACCAUUUAAAUCGAGAAAUUUCCCAAGUGCGGUACCUGUCUUGAAUCCAAGACUUAGAUUUUUACCAAAAGUUAGCCAGGAAAAUCCGCUUUUUGAAUUUUCGAGGUUAGUAGUCCACAUCAAGCACAGCGAUCCAUAGCGCUUAAUUGUAGGCAUAUGAUAAGCCCAGUUAUAUGCAUUGAAUUGCAUGGAAAAUAAAACAGUAUCCGAUGAAAGCUGGGAAUUUUUUAAAAGAUAAGAUGACGCUCGUAUGCAUCGGGAUUUUACUGCUGUGAUGGAGCUCAAUGGUGGAUUGGGCAACUGCAAGCUCACAUCCAAAAUUUUUUGCCCGAUGGGAGAGGAAGCUUAAUGCCGUAAAGUGUUUUACAAGCGUGCCAGGUAGAAUUUUGGGCCAAUUGGAGCAUUUCCAGCGCGAUGCUAGGCGUUUUGUCCUGAGCUUUGAAUUUUCUAUCUUGGUCGGAGGUUAUCAGAAAAUUAGAUUUUUCGAAAUUUAGCCCGCAUACAAGCUUUCAUUUAUGAGGAGUAAUACAGUGGAAGGCGCUGCCCGCUGACAAGCAAACGGUGGAGUGAUAUAGAGGCUAAAAUUUGUUGUCUGAAGAAUAGCCUGUAGAGACUUCUUGAUACUCUUAACUAAGAAUUAAGAUCAAGCCAGCCUAGGAUCCGACAAAUUUCUAACAAGCUGUUGUAAGAUUGGGUUCACCAAUAUGAGACUGAAUCCAAAGCAAGACGAAUAAAAUCAUAGUUCAUGUUGCGAUCCCCGCGACUACUCAAUAACGCUAACUUAAAUCUUAAAGCUAAACUACCCAAAAAUGGUGUAGAGUUUUUAAUACUGUGGAAGUCUUAGGCUCGACCUCAUCUUGCAAAAUUGAAAGUGGGAUCCUUAUCGCAGGAGAGAAAGUUCCAAGUAUUUAUCUUUUUGACCCAAAUACAGAAGAGAUCACGACUCAAGCUUCGAUUGCAGGGAAAAAAAUUUUAUUGAAAUCCAACGAUGCUAUUUAUUGUUUGACUGAUAAGUCAUUGUACAAGUCAGAUUUAAAAGAUAUCAAUUUUAUGCUUGUUAAAGAUAAUUUGAGGCGCAAAGGAAACUGGUGAAUGCCAAGUAAAGAAAUAUGUGUGGGGACUAAAAUUUUCUUUAUAACUGAAGAUGACGGAAUUGGAGAACUUUGGGAGCUUGAUGCUUCAACAAGCAAUUAUGAGCUGAUAAAGCACGAUAUAAGACUUCAAUAA